CUCUGUGGAUCGAAGGCCCAGCCAAGGUCACUUCCGGGUGGAAUUCUGGUUGCCAUGGCUACCAAAACGAAAGCUGGUUGCUAUGGAAACCCGAGGCCUACCCAGGAGAAACAACUGUAUAGACUCGAAUGAAAAGUCCCAUUCAUCUGGGUGUUUUUUGCCCCCUGGUUUCCUUCCUUGGGAAACGUUUUCAUUUCAAAUGAUCAAUUCUGGAUGGAAAUAUAUCUAGAGGCCCUUAAAGCAAAACAGGUUCUCAGAAUGGAGGGCAUGGUCGAUUUCCGCGCUUUGGAGAAAGAGAUGGAACAAGCCAUUGCCCGCGAUGAGAAGUACAAGAGAGAAAACGAUGCCAAAUUCCGAGCAGUGCGCCAGAAAGUGGCCUCCUAUGAAGAAUUCAGGGAUAUUGUUAGAGCAUCACACUUGAAGCCUUUAGAGAAAACAGACAAGAUGGGGAGUAAAAGAAGCUUGUUAUGGAAUUCCUGUGCACUUAAAUCAAACUGCAAACAAGAGAGCGAUGUAGAACUGCCUCAGGAGUUGGAGCGGCUUCCAGGGACCUCUGCAGAGUUCUACAGAGACUGGCGCAGAUGCAUGAAAAGCAGCCAACAACGUUACCAUCUUCUGCUCCAACUUGGACCCCAGAAUCUGGGCCGCAUUUUUCAGACAGACCUGGCUUUUGGUCUUCUAGGUGAAUUCCUAGCAGUGCUCUCAGAAAAUAUCUGCAUCAAAGACCAGGACUCUGUCUUGGAGAUCUUGGAGAGUUUUGCUGGCACAAAACGCUUUGGGCUGAAUAUAGAGCUUCUGAGUGAGCAAGAGCGGGAAAUCUGCAGGGAGUUAUUUGAGAAACUGCAAAAAAUGAACUCUGGCUCUGGUGAUUCUGUUGAAUUUUCAUGUGCUUCUGAUGAAGGCAGUUUGACUUCAGCUCAAAUUAAUUGCCAAGCAGAUGGACCAGCUGAAGAAAAAAUAAGGAAACUGAUACAGCUUUACAAACUUUCCUGAAGGAGUCUUGAGACUUUAUCACCAAUCAUACUACAUUCGAAAAGGUUGUAGAGUUUAGGGAGGAGUGAAGCACCCACUAGUGUGUGAAAUGUCUUUAAAACAAAUGAGGAGUCUUCGAGGGUAUGUUUGAACUCUUCCACAUUUCCCAUUUGUCUCAGAAAACCUUAUGCAGAAGAGGUAUCCAGUGAAUAAACCCUAUCUGCGUGCUUUUCUUUCCCACUGCACCAGUUACUGAGCUUUUACACAGGCCCUGCUUUUUCCACUCAGGCUGUCAAUAAAUAGUUUUUCUGUACCAUU